UCAAGAGAAGUGCAAAACUUAUCCUUUAUCGUUUAGUUCUUUCGCCGACUGUGUUACGGUGCGAUACAACGAAAUAGUGCAUGCGUGAGUAGUUGUGCCUAUGUACGCGAGGUGUGAGUGUGUGUAGAAGCAAAAAGUAAAAUUAUGACAGCUACUGCAGGGGGCAUCAGUAUCACCAUCCUGCUGCAUUCGAAUUGCUAGGUUUCUUGGCACGGAUCAGGAUUCAGAGAUGCCAAUCGUGAAGUGAGAAGAAAAAACCCUCUAAAACGUCGCAUUUCACUGCAUUAGCACAGAGUUUUCCUAGAGUGGAACAACGAACAGUGUGGAAAGAAACUGGUCACCGCCGAAAGGGUUUCAAACACAUCAGACAUUGCCGUCUGCGCUAUAGUAAAAGCAGUACAGCAGCACGGAAGAAAGUGUCAAAUAAUAUCGCCCAGGGGGUGACCGUUUUGGGUGAAGAACGCCAGCAAAAACAUGAGCGAUAAUACGGCAGCACGGAAUUUAAGCACCUCGAGCGGAGGUGGAACAGCAAGCGGUGGAGGUGGAAGUCAUCUGACGCCGGGUGGAGCGGCUGGCGGUGGACUUGCCGGCGGGCUACAGCACGAGGGCAGCACAGAAGACAUUGAGCGGCAGCUGGAGGCACUCGAUCAGGAAAGCGAUUCGGAUUCGGAAUCGUUGGAGGAGCUGGAAGCGUGCGAAAACAUUGAAGUUGUGAAUCCGGACCAAACGGCACCGGCACUGGACGUUACGAUACGUUACACGAUCUGCCUGUUCUGUAAGAAACCGUUCCAGCUAAAGAAGGAACUGAAGAAGCAUCUGUUCGAGCACAUGAAGAACCUGAAACCGAUGAAGGAGAAAAAGAUUGUGGAGAAAAAGUUCAAAUGUCACAAAUGCUUCAAAACGUACACGGAGAAGGCACGGGCCGAGAAGCACAUGACUAAGUGCAAGAAGGUGUCGAAGCUGCUGCUGGACAUGAGCAAUGCUGGUGACGGUCGGAUAAUGGGUGGCAGCGAGUAUGAUGCGGCCGUCGCGGAGAGGAGUAACAAGAGUAGCAUGAAGAGUGGUGGCAAAUUUCGCGAGCCUACCUCACCGCGAUCGCUCGUGUUCGAUCCGGAUGCAGCGGCGGACAGCGACGAACGCUGGUCGUCGUCGGCCGACGAGCGAAGGGAACGGAACCAGGUGGUACACUUCGACGAACGAACCACCAAAGGAGGUGGUGGUCCGGGAAGUUCGGAUGAAUCACCUACCUCGCCCGGUACCGGUGGACACUUUCAGAAGUGUUCGUAGAGUUCGACACCGGCGGAGUGCUACGAUAGCGUAGUACGGCGGUGAAGAUGAUCCGGUGCAUUCUGCAACAGUCGCACAGCAUAAUGGCGGUACCUCGACGGAAGGAAUUCGUUCAACCGACAAGUAACGUCUGUCAGCCUGUGUAUAUCAUCGAGUUCCUUAGUUAUUUCUGUUUUUGGUUUUUCUUCUCGCAUACGUACAUGGCGCCUAAACGUGAACGAAACACCGAACGGUGCUCGGGGAUUCAACCGCAUGUUUUAAUCUGCUCAUCAUAUUAGCAUCGCACUGACCUUCGUGGGUGGGACGAUUGACACAAUUCAAUCGCUAGUAGCAGCUAGUGUGCUAGUGAACGCGUUUACAGUGCUAAAGAUUGCUGCGCAACAUAACGAUAACAUGCGAAAAUUUCACGCAACUGAAUGAUUUGGAUAGUGCAUUCGAACGUCAUCACGUUAGUUAAAUAGGCAUGGUUUUGUUGUUCGAUUUAAGCAAGAACAACCUAACGAACCGAUUUUUCCCUCUAAUUACUGUAUUACUUUACUUCCCCGUAUAGCCCGAAAAACAAUGCCAAACUAGCACAACGUAGUGCGUCGAGUUGCGCGCUUACAUUCUAUGGUUAAUCGGGUACGAGUGAUGGUAAAACACUUAUCUAUUAUUACACGCUAUAACUUAUUUCACAUACUAAAUUACACAAUAUACGCUCCUUUGCAAGAAACAAUCGCGCAUAAACUCGCGAAUGAAAAAAAAACAAACAAAACAACCAUACACACAUACGAAAUGUAAUGUUAGUAUAUUACUAUAAUCAUUAUUUAAAAGUUAUGCAUUGUGAUACUUGCCACAUACAUUUAAUUAAAUUCCCUUUACCCAAUAUCUUAAAUAACGUACCAUUUUCUUUGUAUAUAAGUAUAGUUUAUAUCAUAAUAUGCUUGUGCUAAUGUGUAUAUGUACGGCGUACGUACCCAGUGCGAUCAUUUUUAUCUCUUGGCCAAUGUGUGAACGGUGUGUAUACAAAAUGUCCACAGUGGAUGAUUCAAUGUUUAUUUGUUGCUUCAGUUUAUUUAAACUGUUCCUACCUUUUUGUGUAUAAUGCAGUAAAAUCCCGUAUUAGUGUGCUCAUGACCUAACUAACUAUAUACUGUGACUAAUUGGUUAAAUUGAGUCACGGAUAAGUUUCCGCUUUUGACAGAGUGCCGAUUACAUGAUCGACAGUUGAUGAACUUGAACUGAACUGAUGUGAGUCGUAGAUUCAUUUCGCUAAGAUCUGGACAGAACAAUGAGCUUUAGUUUAUCCUUUUUUACACACUAUAACCGCAUGUUUUGCCACUCGCGUCAUUAUCCAAUUUUUCUUCUUCCUUUCUUACUCGCUUCUCAUUCGGAAAAUAGUCCGUAUUCAAUGUUUUGGACAGUUUUUAAUUGUCUAAUAAAAUUAUGAUAGCUGUACGACAGUGGUGUUAAAAUAAGGGGAAACGAUCCACUCUAUGUAUUGCCGUGUAUUCGUCAAUAGGAAAUGGCAAUUAAUUAGAAGUCCUGUUGGUACUAGUCGAAGAACGUGCAUGGUAUUAAGAUUGAAUUGAUCGUUAGCGUUUAGAAGAUAAGGAAUUGGGAUAGGACAUUCAACCGAUGGAAGAAUACAUGAAAUGGAAAAGAACGGAUCUUCACCGAUUUCGUGUGUAUGGGUUGUACAAAAGCAAAGGUGCUGCUACGUGCGAACGUUCCAGGGUGGAAAGACCGCUUCAUACAAUCAUGAGAGAGUACCUCGACGGAGGUACCAUCCCCGAACUCCCCGGACAAUUUGAGCGAUCCUUCCACUUUUGCAGUAAUGUGUAACACAGGAAAGGGAAACACUCAAUCAAACAAAACGUUCGAAUAUGCUCCACGCUCCAGAGACACGAAUAAUGACUAAACAAUAAUAAUUAUAACAAAUAUACUGUUGAAUAUAUCCACCUUUAUACUUCCCUUAUUGCUCUCCCGUACUUCAGUAUAUGCAAUAUCACGCUGUGUGGAAAUAUCACCUGGAAAGGAUAUACAUUGGGGUGAUGUGCGAAGCGGUUACUAUCAAAAUAAACACAAAAGACUUAUUGUUGGUAGCGAGAAAUACUAUGAGCGUAUUUAUAAAACCAAGCUAAAUUUCAUUAGGAGGCUGGAGCGGUUUUAGAAUUUACAAUCAUGGCGCGUGCGAUGAAUGUGAAAUUUUGGAAUGUAUGCCAAAAGAUUAGUUCGUUCAAAAGAAGCGUAAACGAUAGGAACAGUAAGAAUAAAUCUUUGGUACGUGACACGGCGAAUGUUCUUCUAGCGGGAACACAUCAAAUCACAGCUGUGUGUAUCUAUCUGUCUGUCUAUCUGCCUAUACGUGUGCAUAUUAAUGAAUGUCUAAAUUGUUGCAUCAGAUGCGAAACUCUCAAAUUAGCAUGGCUGUAUUUUUGGCAGGCGAUAAUUAGAUUAGCCACUACCGAAGGCAUGUUCAACCCGUUGGCUGUAACACGACCUAAAAUACGAAUCAAAUUUUAUAAUUAAUACACACUCUCGGUAGGGUUAAUUUUUUAACGUAUUUUUCCAAUAGUUAUUCAAACAAACAUACAAAAAUACACGAAAGCUCCUCUAAAUAAUGGGCAGUUCCUUAGCGGCGAACCCGAAGGGCCAAAGAAGACAGAACCUGCUUCACGCAAGACGUAGAUCAAUUUAUUUUGCCAGCAUUCGUUUAAAUCGUCUGAAAAAGUAUUUUUUGUAAAUGAAUUC